UUGGUUGUGUAUUGAUUAUGUAUUGAUCGUGUAUUGAUCGUGUUGUUGUUGUCCCACAGAGAGUCAGUCAGAAUCGGAGCAGAUGGCACCAGAAGCACAAGACCUCAGCAGCUUCAACACCUCCAACGACUCAGGCUCCGCCCCCACGUCGGAUAGCCCCGCCCCCUCGGACCAACAGGAGGGGGAUUCAGCCCAGUCGAGCCCCGCCCACAAAUCAAGCCGCGGUUGCAGUCCGGGUGCAGACCAGCAGGAUUCAGACGACUCAGAGCAGCCGGACCAGCAGGGGGCGCCAGAGACCAGAGCAGCACCGGGGAGACAUCCUGCACAGAGCAGCAAGGUGGACAGCACAGACGAUGACGACUGUCACAGCAACAAAAGUCUGGACCUGAACUUCGGCAAAAAGCUCAUCGACUUCAAGCUCUCCACGUCCUCGGGCCCGGCACAGGAAGAACAACCUGCAUCAUCCUCCUCAUCAUCAUCAUCAUCCUCCUCUACCUCUGCUCCACAAGUAGCACCAGAGAGCCAAGAGAAGGAGAAAGGAGCUACAGCCUCCUCCUCCUCCUCGUCCAGCAGCCCAGCGGCGAAGCAGCAGCCGGAGUACAAACACGUGUGUCGAGUGUGUAAGAAGAGCUUCCGCUACGCCACCACGCUUGCUCGCCACGAGAGGGCGCACCUCUCCGAAGAGACGCCGACGCUGCCGGAGGAGGAGAAGCCGUCGGCGAAAGAGGAGGCGAAGGAGAGCAAAACACCGACAAAAGAGGAGGAUGAGGUGGAGGAGAAAGAGGAGGAGCAGAAGACGGAGGUGGAGAUGGAAGAAGCAGGAGCGGUGAGCGAGGGAGGGGAGAGCGGGGAGUCGGAGGAGGAGGAGAAGGAGAAGGAGGAGAGGAGCGACGAGGAGGCUUCGGAACCAAAGAGUUUAGAGGGAGGAGAGGCGACAGGAAGACGACUGGACAAGAGGAAGAAGAUCUGUAACGUCUGUGGGAAGAGAUUCUGGUCUCUGCAGGACCUGACCCGACACAUGAGGUCCCACACAGGUGAGCGACCCUACAAGUGUCAAACCUGCGAGCGGACCUUCACCCUGAAGCACAGCCUGGUUCGUCACCAGAGGAUCCACCUGAAGCCCCGCGGAGCCGACGGAGCCUCGGCCGCCAACGACGACGCCAGCGAGGACGGAGACUCCUGCGCGCCGACGCCGCCCUCCACCUGCCCGCCGUCGGAGAACGAGAGCGAGAGACUCAAGGAGCUGGAGGAGGAAGAGGAGGAGAUGGCAGACACGCUGGAGGAAGAAACCCCUGAAAAACAAGCUGGUGUGGAUUCAGAACCACCAACGACCGUCACCACUGAAGAACCAGCGGAACUUCCUGCAGAGUCGACGCCACAACAACAACAACAACAAGAAGAACCCUCCUCCGACACGACUCCCAGCCAACAAGCUACUGACACAAAGACAACUACUAACGACGACGACGAAGACCUGAAGUCGACGCCCGAAUCGAACGUCUCCAAAGACCCCUCCCCAUCGUCCUCCGGCUCUCCCCCAGAGGAGUCCGCACCUGCUGCCCCAGCAGAGGGCUUCAUCCAGGGGCUUCUGGACAUCCACACCAAGCCCCCUCUGGAGCACAUGCUGCCCAACGGAGAGCCUCCUCUGGUGGGGGUAGACUAAGGGUAAACCCCCCCACCACCACCCUGGCUGUUCAAACCAACGUCACCACAGUGCCAUACGACGGACAGACGCUACACCAUUGAUGACGAUGAUGAUGCAAAAAAAAAAAGCCCGGGAAAAACUUUUUUUGAUAGAAAGACGAAAACCUUGUUUUCUUGAAGUGCCUUAACUACUAGUCCGACUUCUACCAGAUGUUUUUUGCAAAAUCUUUAUCCGCAUUAUUACGGAGGGAUGGAUCUAAUUUUUAUAGCUUUUUAUGAUGACAAUAAAUUUGCAUUAUUAUUAUUAUUUCUUUUUUUUGUGCGGGGAAUCUAUAUUUCAGCAAUAAAAUUUAAAAAAAAGAAUAAAGUUAUGAUUUAUUAUUGUUUGUAGAUUCUGUUUGAGGAUUGAUGAUCAACUUAUGAGGCACAGAAGGAGACGGACGAAGACCGAGAUGGACUUCUGUAUUUAAAUCACAGCUAGGCUCCGCCCCCAACAUUUAAAAACCAGCUUCAGAUCUACAGAGAGCGGACUAGUGAGCGGGGGGGAACCUGUUUUUUGUUUGUUUUUUUUUGUCCGCCAGCUUUUUGUAAAAAUAAUCCACCAGCCACUUCUCCGGCUCCACCGGCCGUUUUUAGAUAAUAUUUUUGCAUAAAAUCAAACUGGUCGAAACCCAGUUUCACCAGCAACAUGACGACUUCCACUGGUGGCUGGUGGCUGUUUCUUACUGUGCGACAAAAGGAAGCUUUUUUUGUAACUGGAAUAAAAGAAACACCCCCCCGCCUCCUCCGUCUCUCUGCUGGCUCACAAAAAAAACACAAAAACAUUCACGAACUUGUCGAAGUCGCAUCUUUGUGAAAUGGGGGGGGGGGGGGGGCAGAUGUAGUGUUGAUCAUGUUUGUUUUUUAAACCAAUCACUAUUGAUCCCUUCAUCCCUCAAAGCCACCCUGUGAGCUGGUUUGUGUGUUAAUAUUUUCUCAUUCAUAAUCAUUCUCAGUUGAUUCCAUGUGUGUACAGAGAGU